CAAAACAAAAAUAAUAUCAAAAGAAAAGUGUCGAUUGUUAAUCAUUGUUUGCAGCAGGAAUAAUUCUUUAUACCUAGUGAAUCAUCGCGAUUUACGUUUCAAAUAAUGGGAAAUCAAUUGGUCGGGGUAGCUCCGUCGCAGAUUUACCCCGUCGAGCACUAUCUGAUCGGAUCGUUCGAAUCGGAUUUGCAGUAUGAAUCCAGCAUGGGAAGCACUCGCUUCCUAAAGGUUGCGAGGGCCAAAUCCGACGAAGGGUUGGUGGUGGUAAAGGUGUUUGUAAAGCACGAUCCUUCCCUGCCACUGGAGCAGCACGUCGACAAAAUCGAGUACAUCAAAAAGAAUUUGGCCCAUGCUGCAAACUGUUUGCCCUUCCAAAGGGUGCUGACAACCGAACGAGCCAGCCUGAUCAUUCGCGAAUACGUAAAGCAUAGUUUGUACGAUCGAGUAUCGACUCGACCGUUUCUCACACUAAUCGAGAAGAAAUGGAUCACGUUUCAAAUCUUGUGUGCACUUCACCAGUGCCACAAGCAGAAGAUCUGCCACGGCGAUAUCAAGCUGGAAAACAUAAUGAUCACUUCAUGGAACUGGAUUUUGCUGUCGGACUUUGCUUCUUUCAAACCAACUUACCUGCCGGAAGACAAUCCGGCUGACUACAGCUUCUUUUUCGACACGAGUCGCCGACGAACCUGUUACAUUGCACCGGAACGCUUUGUCAAGUCCGCUAGCGGUGAAGCCAUCCCGCAGAAAGCGGACGUUUCACUCGUGGGAGACAAUCCGUGCUACACUGGCAACUUGCAGUCGGAAAUGGACAUCUUUUCGGUAGGCUGUGCGCUCCUGGAACUCUGGACUGAAGGAACAGCACCAUUCGAAUUUUCCCAAUUGUUGGCUUACCGCCGCGGAGAAGUUGAACUAGUCAACAAACAUCUCGAGUGCAUUGAAAAUGAUCGAUUGAAAGCUCUCCUACAAUCGAUGCUAAGUUUGGAUCCUAAGAAUCGCAAAUCUGCGGAGAUUUAUCUUGACCAGGAACGUGGCAAACUAUUCCCGGAAUAUUUCUAUUCCUUUUUGCAGUCGUACCUGCAGAUGUUUUCUACUAGUCCAAUUGUUCCGGCAGAUGAGAAAAUCUCGCGUUUGCACUCGGAUAUCGAACAAAUAAUUGCGAUUGUGACCGGCCAGAAAGAACAACCGCCGCGAGAAAAUUCCGAACAAACCGACCCGGAGAAAAUCGACUGUGUAAAGGUCAAACAGAGUCCGGAAAGUGACGGUUUAAUACUGAUAACUUCCGUGGUGACUUCGUGCAUUCGAGGUCUCAAAUUCUGCAGCUCAAAACUGGCUUCGCUCGAUAUUCUGCAAAAGUUGGCGGAGAACACAGCAUCGGAAACUAUUCUCGAUCGCAUCCUUCCCUAUAUACUGCACCUUGCUCAAGAUUCUACACCCCGAGUUCGGGUUUGUGCGCUCGAUUCACUGACCCACUGUCUCGGUAUGGUUCGCAAUCUGUCCCGAAGCGACGCGAAUGUAUUCCCCGAUUACAUUCUCCCGGCAAUAGCCCCUUUGGCAAUCGAUAGUUCUACCAUGGUCCGGGUAGCAUACGCUAGAAACAUCGCUACUCUGGCGGAAACGGCCGUGGGUUUUCUCGAGCAGUCCCAAUUCUGUUGUAGUUCCGAGAAUCACACACCGCCCCAUUAUGAAACUGAACUUAGUGCCCUUCACGAGAUGCUCCAUCAAUCGGUGUUGGCGCUUCUAACCGACUCUCAACCCAUCGUCAAACAAAUGCUCAUGGAGUCCGGAAUAACUAAGCUUUGCGUAUUUUUUGGUCGUCAGAAAGCGAAUGACGUGAUUCUAUCGCAUAUGAUUACGUUUCUGAACGAUAAAGAAGACAAAAACUUGCGAGGUUCUUUCUUCGACUGCAUCAUCGGUGUGGCAGCCUUCGUCGGUUGGCACUGUUCGCCAAUGUUGAUCCCUUUGCUGCAGCAAGGUCUUACGGAUCCAGAGGAAUUCGUUAUCGCCAAAGCAAUACGAGCAACCACUUCACUGAUUGAACUGGGACUAAUUCAAAAGUCAGGUAUUAUCGAAUUCAUAGCCGAAUGCGCAUGCUAUCUAAACCAUCCGAACUUAUGGAUUCGCCAUGAAAUUUGCGGACUGAUUUCCACCUCUGCCCGAAUACUUAGUGCGCUCGAUGUGCAAUGCAAGAUAAUGCCAUCGAUUGCCAACCAUCUGAAAGUUCCGCUGAUUCAGGUUGAAAAAGCGGAACUCCUAAUGGACAGUCUGCUGACAGCAAUACCGCGCAACAUCUACGAUGCCGUCAUCAAGUGUCACGACAUAAACCAGCUGAUUGAAGUUUUGCGCGAAAGAAAAGUGGCUCGCAGCAAGUGUGGUGAAGGCUACAUCCCUCAGUACGGAGAAAUGACCACGCAGAUGAAGAAUCUUUUCCGUCGACUCACAAACGAAGGCCUCACCGAACUAAUCGAAGCCCAGCUGCUGGCCAUGAGCGCUCACCUGAUCAAACUGCACCGGUACAAACUGGCGGAAACACGCCUUCCGCACAACAACGGCCGAAUAACGCUCGGUCCAACGAUCAUCCGCGAUGUUCCGCUGUGCGAUCGCACAGCCAUCGUCAAAGUCGACCUGAAUCUGGUCGGAAAAGGCGCGAAACAGCGCAAAUCAGAAUCGGAAAACCCCCAAGAGUGGCAGCACAUGUUCACUACGGCAGUGGAUUCACAUUCCCCGUCACCCACCUCCCCGAGCAACGAUUCGGUAACGUCCGUGUUGACCGUCACCAACUUGGCACCGCCAACGCAGCCAACCCCGACGUCAAGUUUAGUCGAGUACAGCAUGCCAGAGCGUACGGCCAUGCAGGAGCGUUCCGCCGAAUGCCGGGUAGAAUUCGAAUCUCUCCUCGCCAAACUAAAAACCAGAUACGCGUCCUACGCUUUGAACAGGGAACUUCGCGAUCCACUGCUGAACGCUUCACCUCUUCCCAUAGGUUGGAAAAUGAACGGCACCAUAGUGGCUCACCUGCACGAGCAUAAAGCAGCCGUCAGUAGAAUGACGACACUGAAACAAAGCGGCUCACUCUUUGCCAGUGCGUCGAUCGAUGGCACUGUUCGACUUUGGGACUGCAACAAACUUGACGGUCAGCAGUCGAUCAACCGAUCGCGGCAGUCCUACCACGCCAAUACUCCGUUGCACGCCAUAGCCGCAUGCGAUGCUGGACAAUCUCUGGCAAUUGCUGGCAAGGACGGUGCUCUUCUGCUGUUGAAAAUCGAUACCAAUUCCAGCAAAAUGGCAUUACAGCAAGCACGCCAUCUAGACUCCAAUUCACAGGUAGAUCGUGUGAGCGGAGAACCCCAAGAUGAUGGGCCUGUUGUUGAAAUGCAACCUCUCGACCAGGGAGCCCAAAGCGUCAUUGUGUACGCUACACUGUACGGAGCACUAGUUGGGUGGGACAUUCGAAUGCCAGGUCAUGCUUGGCGACUUGAGAGUGACCUCCGCAAAGGUGUCAUUACGACUUUUUGUAUAGAUCCAGCAAGCUCCUGGCUCACGGUUGGAACCAGCAGUGGUCGUCACGUGUGCUGGGAUCUGCGGUUCCGCCUCCCGAUUGCAGAAAUCAAACAUCCCCACGAAUCUAGAAUACGCCGAGUAUCGCACCAUCCGACAGAGCCUUCCUGGUUAGUUUCUGCUUCUCAAGGAAACAACGAAGUCUACGUGUGGAACAUCGAAACCGGUCACAGGCAGCAAGCUUACUGGGCUAGUCCCAGCCCUCCGUUAUCCAAUACCAACGUGUCGUCACAUUCCGUGUGUGCUCUCCUGCCGGGAGUUGUUGACGGUUAUGGGUUCCUACUGACGGGAGGAACCGACCAACGAAUCCGCUACUGGGACUCUUCCAAUGUAGACAACUGCUCGCUGGUAGUCCCAGCACCACGAGAUUAUCUGGCAACAUCCAACAUUUCCUACGAAUCCCGACUCAUCGACGGCACCAGGGUCGUUUCCGAAAUCCAUAACAACGCCAGCACCGGCGGAAGUGCUGGCAGUGCUCCGGAUCGUGCCAACCGAGCUGGCUCGGAAGACGCACCACGAUCGGGACCGGAAAUGCCCGCUCCUGGGCAUCACGAUGUAAUCAGCGAUCUGCUAAUGUGCCGAACAGUGAGGCAAUCCUUCAUAGUUUCCAGCAGUCGGGAUGGGGUUAUCAAGUUGUGGAAAUAGACGUUUUACUAAAAUGAUAACUAACAACACUGGCAAGCACGAUAUUUUUGUUAUAAUAAAGAUCUAAUAAUAUGGUUCA